AUGCCGCAGGACGGGGAGUCUCUACCGCUGGUCCGCUCUUUGAACACCAGGAUUCCGGUCAGUGCUGUUUUCUGUAACCAUACUUCUCGUGUGGUACGACCGCUGUGGGUGGACUUCGAUGGACAACCUCGGCCCUACCACGACAUACAGCCAGGCAUAGGAAGAAAAAUGUGCACAUUCGUAGGUCACCCGUGGGUUUUCAGAGAUGCGGAAACGGAUGACCCCUUGAAAGUGAAUAGCAAAGAACUGUUUCUCCCCACACCAGCGACCAGUGGAAACCCUACAAUGGCAAACAUCACUUUACCAGUUUACACACUGAAGGAUCGUGCUCUUCAGGUGAUACGCCGACUGGUCAGACCGGAAGACUACAGGAGCUUAGAUAUUGCUCGCUGUCUACAUGAGGAGCUGGAGGACAAGCCCAGUACAGUGAAGGACCUGAUGCGCAUGAACCAACGCGUGGAACAGCAUCUUCUGGACACUAUACAGGGCAGGGAAGGGACAUGA